CGAAGCCCCUUCCUGCCCGUGGGGCUCUGGGGCGCCCGCCCGCCGACGUCCCGCUGCAGCCCUCAACUCCGUGCCCCCCAAGCCCCGGCCCCCGUGCGGGAAUGUUCAAAAAUGAGUAUCAGGGAGGUGCAUUUGUUGAAAUCUUUAGUGCUCAGGGGAAAAAUCCUGGGGCAAAAUGGAAGAUCCUUGGCAGUCCCUCUGUGAUUUGGAAAGAGUUUGAUAAAGAAGUUAAAAGUUUUGUGUUUGUCCUGGAAGGCAGCAGCCAGACAAACAAAAUUCAGUUACCCAAGGAGAAUAAGCAGAUCCUUGGACUGAUCCAGAGGUUUCUUGUACUUCAGAUUUACAUACCCCUGGGACAAGACUUCUCCACUGAAUUGCUAAUUACUGAUUUAGGGAAUAUCAAAAGAAGACUGUACUUAUCAACUGUUCAUAAAGAACUGUCCUCAACCCCUCUUCAUGCAAAAAUUCCACUCUUCAUGAUCAAGCGCAAAAUUUGGUGCAACCUAUGCAUUGACUUGGUGGCAUUUACCAGUGAAAUAUUCAAGGGAGCAGUUUUCCAGUCAUUAGAUGGAAUAAUCGUCUCAGCUCACUGUAAGCUGCGGAAGAUCUUCACUUUAAAAUCCAAGCCUCAAGACACUGCUGAUAAAGAUGCUGGAUAUGGUGUUCCCUUUCCAGCAGAUGAGCCUACAGACGUUAUUCCACGGAGCUGCCAACUAACGACAGAUGUUCCACAAGUCACACAGCUGCUGAACAUGACGAAGCUCCGCCAAACUGUAAUAAAACUUGGGGGUCAUCCCCUACGUUCAGCAGAAUCAGAUCAGUUCCUUAACAGAGGAACAGGCAGUGUGCGGAACAGUAAAAAUCAAGAUGUUUGUCAUAUCGCCUUUGGAUCCAAGGUUCUUGGGCCACCUCCGCUCUCUGGUAGAAGAAAUAACAUGAGGACAUCGAGUGAGACAGUAAGAUCCGUUGGGUCCAAAAAUAACCGAUCGUGCCAGCUGUCCAGAGUAGAGAGGGGCGUUAACAAUGCAGAAGUGUCAGCUGUGCUGGUAUCUGAGUCUGAGGAGCAAGGAGAUAAAGAAAAUAUUCGCCAAAUAAAGCUGACUGUACCUCUUCGUGCUGAUCUGCAUAUUAUGCACCCACAUCCCCCUCAAGAACCAUCAGCGGAUAAGAAUAAUAACAGGAGAAGAUUGCGGUUAAAAAGCACCAGCAGAGAACGGACAGAGACCCCCAGCGGUAGCUCUUCAGGAAAUGACAGGAGUGAAGAUCCGGCAGCCACUCUCACCGCUGCGUCCCAACGAAGAGCAGCCGCACCGCAGCUCCGCGCCCCGGCACCCGGGUCCUGUGAUGAAGCAGAUGAAUGGGUAUUUCCCGAAAGCGAUGGUCACAUUCCCCUGGAUGAUGACUCGGGCCACGCUUCCCACCUGUGGCUGGAGGCCCUCGAGGGCAGUGGGCAUGACCAGCAGGCACAGGAGGCCCAGAUUGCUCCAAAGGACAUCUUCACAUUUUCGUCAAGACCACGAUCAGCACCUCACGGAAAGACUCAGAAUAUGUCCCCAGAGGGGUGCCCAUUUACUUGGGAUCUAAAAGAGGAUUCCAGCGUGACCCACCUGGAAGAAGACUUUUAUGGCGGAGACAGCAGCGAAGAGGGUAGCCACAGUGACCAGGCUUCUCCGGGCCCAACAGCUAGUCCUUCAGGGCUAACUCAGCUACCGUCAGGGAGCACCGCGGGGAAGGAAUACCUGCAAGGCGCCCACGCGGGGGCCGCGGCCCCGCACAGCCAGAGCUCCUCGGCGCCGCGGAGAGGGGACAACAGCUGCCCAUCGAGCCUGGUGCCUGCGCCGUGCCUGUCUCCCCCUGGAAGAAGGAGCGAAUCCUCUCAGGAAGCUCCAGACCCCGUUACCAAGGCAGAGGACCCCCCAGCCCGAGUGCCAGCCUCCCUGAAGGACAUGUCAGCGACGCAGAGGCCGGGUCCCGCCGUCCCGGAAUAUGACUGGAGAAACUAUCAGUCCAGCCAGAUGAGUGAAUCCGAGUUGCAAAUGCUGGCCAGCCUGCGGCGCCAACAGAGCGAAGAUCUGGAGGACACCGGGGCUUCCCGUGGCCUGAGCGCAUCCCAGGUCGACAACUGUAAUGUCAGCAUGAGUACCAGCAGCGACGACACCACCACCUGGAACUCCUGCCUGCCACCUCCUGUCAACCAAGGUCGGCACUAUCAGAAAGAAAUGAACCCACCUUCUCCCUCUGACCCCCGGGACUGGUUAAACAUGCUGAGCCCGCCUAUCGUUCCCCCCAGCCAGCAGCCAGCGGAGCAGCAUCAGGAUUCUUCUGGAAGUUUGACUGCUCAAGGUGAAGAAGACCUGAGCGCCGAAGAAGACGAGGAGGUGCUGACCCUUCUGUACGACCCGUGUCUGAACUGCUACUUUGACCCCCAGACUGGGAAAUACUACGAGCUGGUGUGACCCCUCCUUCCAGCGCCAAGGACGCCGGGCCCGGGCAGCGCAGGACAGCAAGUCCCGACCGGUGACACCACAGUGUGUGCCGGGCAGGCUGCAGAAUCAGAAGUAACUGAGAGAAGUGAAUUUCUUUCCUAAAUGAUGUUCGACGUUAAGAACACCUACGUUCUUUUGGUAGACGUGGGUGACUUUUUGGAACUUUGAAGGAAUUAACACACAGACAAGAUUUUAGAACUUCGAAUUGGUUCUUAAAUUUUGGUUCUCACCCUACAUAUCAUUUUGUUUAUUUCGUAUAAUUUUAUGUAAAAAAAAAAUUAAGAGUUAUUCAUUCAGAAUUUUUGCAGUGUUAAUCUGUAAAUGAUGGCUUGGUAUAUAGAAAAUAUAUUCUUGUUUCAAAGAUAUUCGGGUACCUUUUAUUACCUAUUUGUAUUAAAAAUAAAGUAUGAUGGUCAGAAGAA